UUUCUCAGCCGAGCCCAGCCAUGCCCGAGCCCGUGGCACGCCCAGCCCCAGCCAGCCACGAGGGGACGCGGGCUUGAGCGUAGCAGCGCCCGAAGGAAAGGAGACACCCUAACCAAGCCUGCCAGCCUCGCGCGCCGCCCUCGCCCUGCGAUCGCCGCCUUCGUCGUCGGAGCGGCCCCCCUGCAGCCCAGUCUCGUCUCGCCCCGCCAGACGCCCGAGAGCCGCCGUCGCACUCGCGCCGCCUGCCCGCAGCCAUGGAAACGGGGCUGAUCUUUCUCUGCUCUCUGCUGGUUCCAGUGAUGCUGGUGGAUGUGACUAAUCAAGAGAAGGAAAAAGACCCCUUUAACUAUGACUACCAGACCCUUCGGAUCGGUGGCUUGGUUUUCGCUGUGGUCUUCUUCACUGUGGGGAUCCUCCUUAUACUGAGCAGAAGAUGUAGGUGCAGUUUCAACCAAAAGCCAAGGGCUCCUGGAGAUGAGGAGGCACAGGGGGAGAAUUUGAUUGCCUCAAAUGAAAGGCUCCCCGAGACCGCGAUUGACAAAUUCUCUUACGACUAUGAAACCAUUCGCAAUGGGGGCCUGAUCUUUGCGGUUGUGGCCUUUUUAAUUGGACUUGCCAUCAUCCUCAGUCGGCGUUUCCGCUGUGGGGGAAAGAGGAAGCGAAGGCAAGGAGAUGAUGAAGAUGAUGCAGUCUGAAUUCUGCACUCCUCUGACCAGCCGAUGAGGUCCCUGCUGGAGCCAAAGGGAUAGGCCCAUCACAGCAGCCAAAUCUUUUGCACUCGACAAAUGAACAGAGCAGCUUUCUGAAUUUGGAGCUGCACCCAGUCUGCCUGGAGUUCUCUUUCUGUAAAACAGAUUGCUUGCUUCUAUGCUUUAUUUAAUAAAAUGUCCACUAGGCAAGA